AUGGACACUUUCCGCCGGCACAGAAUCUCACCGCCGUCGGAGCGCUUCCUCGGCCUGUUCUCGAGCCCGUCGGGAACCCUUACCGGCGCCGGGGCCGGCGUCGAGCUGCACGAGGACGAGGUGUUCUGGGCCGGGACGGACUUCUCUGCCAGUAGCAGCAGCAGCCCACAGGUGGCGGCGGCUGGGGACUCGAAGCCGGCGAUGCGGCUGUCCCCUUCUUCCCCUUCGUCGCCGAGGACCUUCAGAGGGCUCGCCGAGAAGAACUUCGGGAUACUCGCCGCCCUCCCGGCGGAGGAACGGAACCAGUACCUGAGAAAGUCCAGCUCCCUCAAGCCCAACCCUUCCUCCAUCGCCUCCACUUCCUCGUCCCCUUCCUCCUCCUCCACCACCGCCGCCGCCGCCGCCCGGAUGAUCCCGGCUGUCCCGAAGCCGAAGCUGGCGGAUAUCCCGCUCCUCCACCAGUCGGCCCCUGUGAACGUCCCCGUCGUCCCUAGGCGGCGGCUGCAGCAGACAGAUGGGGGCGACGAUUACGAGGAGGACGAGAUGCUGCCGCCCCACGAGAUGGUGGCCAAGAAGCACACGCCGGCGACGACCUUCUCGGUGCUGGAGGGCGCCGGAAGAACGCUCAAGGGAAGGGACCUCCGGCGGGUGCGGAAUGCCGUCUGGCGGCAGACGGGUUUCAUGGAUUGA